AUGGUUGCGGAGCUCUCGUCCUUUUUUUUUGUUUUUUUGUGGGAUCCGCAGGGGAAAGCAUUUUUUAUGAGGCGUGCUGCAUGGUGUUGCCGUCAGUUGCUUCGACUUACUGCCCCGCACUACAGCAGCGGCGGCUGUCAACGUAUUCAUCUUCCCGUAGAAGAUAAUUUGCCCGGUAGCAGUCGAACUUUGGGCGCAAGGCCGCUUGGGCUCUCAGAGACAACGAACAAGCUGGCGUUGAACGCGCUGUCAAUGUCUGUUCGACGGCUACUUGAAAACUCACCAAGUCGGUGGUGGGAGAUGCCUGGGCUUGUGGAUACGCUCCUGACAGUUCUGCUUCAUCACCAGCACCAACACGACAGCCAGGGUGGAAGCAGUGGCGCGCUGCACCCCUUACUGGGCUCGGAAAUCGUAAAAGGGCUGGGCUUUGCAGUGUGGACGGAGGCCACAUGUGCCAGCGGCGGUUGGGCUAGGCGCAGCGGUCUUUCCAAAGAGGAUCUUGCCAAGGUGGCUAACUGCGUGUUGCGGCCGCUGCUUUCUUUCGUGGCGCGACAUCCAAAGGUGCGACCGCUGCUUCCUGUGAUUUUAGAAUGGCUGGUAUGCAUUUCUGAUAUUCCUCUCAGCGAUUGGCUCCCGCAACUCUCUCUCUACCUGGAUGAUUAUGCCGCCUGCAACAGGCAUGACGCACGUCUUGGGAGGCCUUUGCCGAGUUUUUUGCUGCAGCACAUGACUCCCACCUUACUACGUGGCGCAGUGGAUUCAACGCACGAAGUGUCUUCGGAUGUGCGUCAAGUGCUUGACAGGAUGCUUCACUUACUUGUUGCCGGAGACACUGCUGCACUACCUCUAGAAAAGGCCUCAGCUGAUGCUUCUUAUUCUGUGUCAGCAGGAAACGAUUUGGUUGAUUGUUUGUUUUGGCAGGGUGAGACUCCAUUGAUUUUGCGGAAUGAUAUUAUUCGUGAGGCGUAUGCGCGCUUCUGCCAGUCACCACGUUGUGAGGCGAAUGAAUCUUGUUCUCAUGAAUCUGUCUGGGGGGAAUCUCAGCCCCUUCUGACACUCCCUGUUGUGGAUGACGAUGUGUUUCGGCGUCUACUCCUGCGUUUAUUGCCGCCUGCUUUGUGUGGUAACGCGUUUGGGGCUCUGGAAGCAACUUCCAACCCCGUGUUUUUAGUUAAGCCCUUGCUGAAGCUUGGGGACUCUUCUAUGACUCUUCGCCUCAUUACGCCGUUAUCGGAAUUUGUGUCCGUCGUCUUGGACGGGGUUGUUUUGUCACCUCUGAGACUUUCCUUUGACGGCGUCAAGGCGAUCAUUUAUAGCGUCAUUGGAGAGUUACAGCGGCUGCAGCGGGGUGCACCACCUCCCCCUUUCCCUCUACUGCCUCACAAGCCGCGGAUUCACACCCUGAAGGCUCUCUGUGAUCGGUUACUCUGCGAUGCGGAGCAGAAGCUGAAAGUGGCUGCUGCCCCUUCAACCUUUCCCGGUGCGCCGUUGCAGGAGCAGGUGCAAAUUUUGUACUCUUUUUCGCACGCUGCACGCCGUCUUGUGAGGGCUGUUCAGGCGGAGAAGACAGCGAGUCUUCUUGAGGAGGGACCGGAAGGCUCUGCGCUUCAAGCAGGGGGUGCUGUCUCGAAGCAUAACGAUGUGACCAUCAUCCUUCGCAAUACUGCCUUUCGCGUGUUGGAAUCCUCCCUUUUUAGGUACUACGAUGCUCUUUCCAAGUGGUCGUCUUCCGCUGCUGGUGUUGUUGAUGAAAACAACGAUCAUGUGGCGGACACGUUGAGUGAGAUUGAACGUCACGCGGGUGGUCGCGUCACGUUUUUUACUGCACGUCAUAUUCUGCAGCAUUCCUUUCGUCAUGAUGCGACAGCUGUUAUGGAGGCCUUGCGGAUAGUGGCGAUACAGGCCUUAGUAUUGCGUUCAUCGCAUUGCAUGGAUUGGUUGCAGGAGAACUUUGCCACAACCGUUGCCGUUGCUUUCUUUGCUGUGUGGCAUCAGAAUAUGAAAAACUCAUCCAUAUUAAAUUUGCGGGGCUCAAGUCACGAGGAGGAAAAAUCAUGCUCUGCAUUCGUGGAAGCGGACCAUCGUGCCUCAUGGAGGCUGCUUUGGACCAUGCUGCUGCUUCACCAAAGCUGCUGUUCAUGUGAUGCAGCAGGAAGACGUCAAUACGGAAUAAGCGUCGGAUUUGUCUCCACCUGUGGCGUGUUUCGCUCGCUCUUGGAUUUACUUACAGUACAUGGCACAUACACAGAGUUUACGAGCUUUGGUUUCUCUUUGCCCUUUCAGGAUAUAAGGGUAGGGGCUGCAUCUGAAGCAGCAGCGGCAGCAAAAUUCCAUGUCGCGAAGGCGGAAGGGCACGAAGCGCCCGAGUUGCUGUCAAGAUGUACUCUUCAUUCAGAAACUGGGGCUGAGACUGUUGGUGGGAUUACCACACGAUGGGAGCUACUGGAGGAGUUAUUGUUGCUUGGAGGUGGCGGUGGUGGCUUGUGGCGCUGGUUGGGCUCGUCACGAGCCGUGCGGGAGGUUGUUUCUGGAGCAGAUACUGACGUUAGUGCCACCACUAGCAUGAUAUCUGCUUUUCGCGGUGGGCGCUACACAGGUUAUCUUCUUCCAUGGACGACACUGGCGCAUAGUCGUCAUCCGUUAAGACUGUACGAUGAAAGCGGCCAGUCAGCGGUCGCAGCCGACGCGUUUGACGCCAACCUCAGUGCGCUAUUGCGGCUGGAGAGCGGGACCGUGGUGAGGCUCGUGAGCCUCACGGAGGAGGCGGCAUUAUUUCACAACAUGGCGUUCACGCCGGAGUUGUCGUUGGGCGCUGAUGUCAGUGUUAUUCACCCUGAGGCUCUUCUGCAGCGGGCUUGCAAGGUGGGAAUGGAGAGGAAUAGUGACGACGACGACGACGACGAUGGCCUCGAUUAA